GGGAAAUCCCAAACACUUCUGGGCCCGAGCAUUUCAGAUCAUCAGAAGACAGGGCAAUGUGUGGGGAGCAAGAGCCCUGUUCCUUUCCCUUUGAUCUGUAUCUCCCUUUUUCCUCUUUCUGUGGUGUCGCUACAUUCUAGCCUUUCAUCUAUCCAUCCAUCCAUCCCUUCCUUGUACUGUCUGUCCUGGCCCGGCGAGGGUUAAAGGCAGGGAGCUGCAGCUUCCUAGAGGCUCUCCUUCCCAUUUCCCUGCCUCCCUUCAGCCCCACUCCAGGCAGAGACUGGCCGGAGCUUUUCCCCAUUGCAGACCCAUCAGGCAGAACUACCUUUGUGCUUCAAGGAUGGAAUAGUUCUCACAUCGCAACACCCCACUUGCGUUGUGCCACUCUAACCAAAGCCGAGUGGAUCCAAGAAAGAAAUUGUCCAAAGUCAACUUAGAGACUGGGUCGGAAAUGGAAGGCUUGCACACAGGUGACUCUGAUGUGAUCAAGAUUGAGAUCAGUGAUGAAAUCUGGGAAAAGAUGGUACCGCAGAGCCAGUGCGAGGACAGCCUGGGCUCAGACGCCUGUUGCCGGCGCUUCCGACGACUCCGGUAUCAUGACGCCAAGGGGCCCCGAGAGGUUUGCAGCCGGCUCCAUGCUCUCUGCCGGCUGUGGCUGAAACCGGAUCAACACACCAAGACGCAGAUCCUGGACCUGGUGCUCCUGGAGCAGUUCCUGAGCAUCCUUCCCCUGGAGAUGGAGCGCUGGGUGAGGGAGUGUGUGCCGGAGACCAGUUCCCAGGCUGUGGCUUUGGCUGAAGGAUUCCUCCUGAGCCAGACGGAGGAGAAGAAGCAGAAAAAGCAGCAGAUGCUGUUUGGAGGGGUGCCCACUGAGUUUCCCGAGAUAAAGUUCCUGCAUUCUCCAUUGGACAUCAACUGUCGGCUGUCACCCCGCUGGAGCCUGAAACAGGAGCAGGAAAGGUUCACCUCACUAGGUGGGGAGAUGAUGUCUGUGGCCCAUUCACUUCACAAUGGAGUUGAAACGACUUUCAUGCAACUCGAUCAGGGCCUGUUAACCUUUGAGGAUGUGGCUGUGUAUUUUGAUGAGGAGGAUUUGGUGCUGCUGGAUCCGGACCAAAGGGCUCUCCAUAGGGCAGUCAUGGAGGAGAAUUUCUGGAACGUGGUCUCCCUGGGCACCGAAAUCUUGAGGACCACAAGGGAGAUGGAAAAUGAGCCAGAAAUCCACGGGAUGGUGUUGGAAAGAGCCCGAUGCCGAGAGAGUAAAGAGCGAAGGAGGAAAACGGAAGCAAAACAGAAGCGGAGGAAGAAACCUCUGCUUUGUCCGGAGGGCGGCUACCAGGAAAUCUCAAUCCAUGACAGAACAGACAAAGGGAAGAAAAGGUACAAGUGCCCGCUGUGCGUGAAGGGCUUCAGCUCCAAAUCCACGCUGAAUCUCCACUGGAGGAUCCACACAGGGGAGAAGCUCUUCCAGUGCUUGGAGUGCGGAAAGAGCUUCAGCUGCAACUCCAGCCUGAAGACCCACAAGCGGACCCACACCGGGGAGAAGCCGUUCAAGUGCCCUCUGUGUGGGAAGGACUUCAGCCAGAGCAUCAACCUCACUUGCCACCUGAGGAUCCACACGGGGGAAAAACCCUUCAAAUGCUUCGAGUGCGGGAAGCGCUUCAAUAAGAAGGGGGACCUUAGUAGACAUCAGAGGAUCCACACCGGGGAGAAGCCCUACUCGUGCCUGGACUGCGGCAUGAGUUUCCGCCACAAGGAGAGCCUCAAAAACCACCAGAGACUCCACACGGGGGAGCAACCCUAUAAAUGCUUGGAGUGUGGGAAGAACUACUCUAGCGCCACGAGCUUAACGAAGCACCAAAGAAUCCACACCGAAGAAAAGCCGUACAAAUGCUUGGAGUGCGGAAAGAGCUUCCAGGCAAAUGGGGACCUCACUAGACACCAGAGGAUCCAUAUUGGGGAGAAGCCCUAUCGAUGCCUUGAGUGUGGCAAGACCUGCAGUCAAAGCGAAGUCUAACCUUUCCAUUGGAGCAUCUACACCAGGGGUGCCAAACCUGUUUCCAAUUUCCAUCCACAUCAUGAUUGCCUUCAAAGGGCCGUUGAAUCCAUGGAUGGAGAAUCCGUGGAUACAGAGGGCCGACUAUAAUUUUUUUACAUGAUGGUCACUGCUCUUUAAUUCUUACCCAAUUUGCCUCCUCAGGUAUUGUUGAAUGACAGCUCCCAUCACAUGCGGGCUGGGGAUGAUGGGAAUUGCAACCCAACAGCACUUGUUGGGCUUUAAAGUCAGGCAUCAUAUCUACAAACCUUGUAUCUAAAUCAGGCUUGGGCAAACUUGGGCCCUCCAGGUGUUUUGGACUUCAACUCCCACAAUUCCUAACAGCCGGUAGGCUGUUAGGAAUUGUGGGAGUUGAAAUCCAAAACACCUGGAGGGCCCAAGUUUGCCCAAGCCUGAUCUAAAUUUACAGAAUUGUGCCGAAUGGCCUAGAGAUUUCUAGAGAAGUGUUCUUUCUAGGAAUCUUGAGAUCCUCUCGCACAUCUCUGUUGUCAACGUCUGCUGAAUUUGACCACAUCGUUGCAAUGAAGGACUACAGAUUCCAAUCAAUCUAAUCCGUGAAUAACCAAAUCCACAAAAGUGAAACCCACAAAUGCGGAGGGUCAACUCCAUAUGCGAAAACUCUUUGAAAGACUAUUUUCUCCGGCCCAGAAUCUAGAAGAGUAAGAAUCGCAAUGUUUGGAUCUUAGCGCAACAAUCAAUAUUGCAAUCGCUUCAGCUGGUGGUGAAUGUGUGUCUCAAGCCAACGCCUUUUGUACGCUAUGCAGCACUUACGGUUGUGUUAUUUAUUAUUAAAGUAUGGUAUCUUCCAA